UGUUUAUAACCUGUUACUUCUCCGGUCCCGUUUAUUUAGAAAUGUUUUUGAAUAGAAUUGUUUAACAAGAAAAGCAACUUCAGUUUCAUUACAUUCAUUUUUAAAAAGUAUACUAGCUAUUGAUGUGAAUUGCUACUUGGUUACUUACAGCUCUGCCAUGACGAAGGUUUCCAAAGGCUUAAAUCAGAGCAAAAAGGUUAAGAAAUCCACGUCGUCUGCAGUGGCUGCUGACAGCGAUGGCAGCACCUGGUGGAUAGUUUUUGGCAUAGUUUUGGCUCUUUCUUUCGCCACAAGAUUUUACAAAGUUGAAGAGCCAGAUCAUGUAUGCUGGGAUGAAACUCACUUUGGAAAGAUGGCUAGCUGGUACAUCAACAGGACUUUCUUUUUUGAUGUCCAUCCUCCUCUUGGGAAGAUGCUCAUUGCUCUCUCUGGAUACAUGACUGGAUACGAUGGUUCUUUCCAGUUUUCAAAUCCCGGAGAUAAAUAUACUGAUGUGAAUUAUCUUGGCAUGAGAGUGUUCUGCACUUUACUUGGAGCUGCCAUUGUUCCUUUCUGCUUCUGCACUGUGUGGGAGAUGACAAAUUCUCUCACUGCCGCAGUCUUCAGUGCUUCUUACGUCCUUUUUGACAUAGGAACUUUGACUUUGACCCAGUACAUUCUCCUUGAUCCCAUUUUGCUCUUUUUUGUUAUGGGAUCUGUAAUGGGAUUGGCAAAGUUCAACUCCUACAGUGACAGGUCAUUUUCCAAAUCCUGGUGGUUUUGGCUAACUUUUACAGGAAUUAUGCUAUCCUGUGCGAUUUGUGUAAAAUUUGUUGGCCUUUUCAUUGUUGUGUAUGUUGGGCUUCAUACAAUCUCUGAAUUGUGGAAUAUAUUAGGGGAUCUUUCUAAACCAAUUAGCUAUUCCAUCCAGCACUUUUUGGCACGGGCCCUUUGCUUGAUUGUUGUUCCGGCUCUUCUGUAUUCUUUUUUCUUUUUUAUUCAUUUAAAUCUACUUAACAAGAGUGGCCAUGGAGAUGGGUUUUAUAGUUCAGCUUUCCAGUCUCAACUUCAGGGUAACUCACUUCACAAUGCCAGUAUGCCAAGAGAGCUUGCCUAUGGGGCAGUGAUUACUCUUAAAAAUCAGAGGACAGGUGGAGGCUACCUCCACUCUCAUUGGCAUUUGUAUCCUCAAGGUGUAGGCGCAAGGCAGCAACAGAUUACAACUUACUCUCAUAAAGAUGACAACAAUAAGUGGAGAGUAAAGAAACUGGAUGUUGAACCUGACGAAACUGACCCUAUCACACUUGUGAAACACGGUGAUUUGAUUCGCUUAGAGCACAUAAGCACUAGACGCAACCUUCACUCCCAUGAUGAGCUUGCUCCACUGUCUCGGAAACACUAUCAGGUUACAGGCUAUGGAGAGAAUGGAACUGGAGACGCUAAUGAUGUAUGGCAAGUAUUGAUUGUUGAUGGGAAGAAGGAUGAAAUAGUCACCACUGUCAGCUCACGCCUACGCCUCCUUCACUUCUUACAAAAUUGUGUUCUGACAGCAACUGGCUCACAGCUUCCUAAAUGGGCUUUUGAGCAACAAGAGGUGUCUUGCAACCCAAACUUGAGAGAUAAAAAUGCGGCUUGGAAUGUUGAAGACAACAUUUUCCCCAAAUUGCCAAAUGUAAGCUUUGAUGUGUAUGCUCCAAGUUUUCUGGAGCGCUUCUUUGAAUCUCAUGCAGUAAUGCUGCAGGGUAAUGCUGGCUUGAAACCUAAAGAGGGUGAAGUCACAUCUCGCCCCUGGCAGUGGCCUAUCAAUUUUAGGGGACAAUUUUUCUCUGGUCAACCAUAUCGUAUCUACUUACUUGGGAACCCUAUUAUCUGGUGGAGCAACAUUGUCUUUCUUCUGUCGUUUGUCCUUGUGUUCAUUUUAAGUGCUGUCUAUCAACAAAGAGGAAUAACUCUUCCCGACCCAAUAUUUGAAGCUAGGCGACAACGUUUGAAAGAAAGUGGUGCUUGGCUGUUUGUUGGAUGGCUUUUACAUUACACCCCUUUUUGGUUCAUGGGGAGAGUUCUUUACUUUCACCACUACUUCCCUGCCCUUCUGUUUAGCUCAAUGAUCACAGGGAUUGUAUUGACCUACAUAUUGGAUGCUGUGCUUUUAUAUAUUCCUGAAAAAUUCAAGUCUGUUGUCUACCAUUGGACAGUGGGCACAAUUUUAUCAUCUACAGUUUACAGUUUUGUUUUGUUCUCGCCAUUGGCUUAUGGAAUGGCUGGCCCACUUGCAAAUGACCCAAACAGCACAAUGCAUAGUUUGAAGUGGAUGGAUUCCUGGGAGUUUUAAGAGGCUGUGUGGUGAGCUCAAGUACUUUUAGAGGACUGAGCAGUUAAGAGAGUGACUGAUUCAUGCAUUUGAAUUAAGGAAAAUGUUCAAUGACUGUUGGAACAAUGUAUCUUUUUCUACUUUUAUAUGAAUGUAAUUAGCCAAAUUAUGAACAUAAUAUCUACUAUAUUAAUUUAUUAUAAUGGGAAAUCUAUUUUAGAUUUCUUGACACUAUCCGUCCAGAGAACAAGACUGUACCAGUAUUAAUAAAUAUUCUAUUUAUUUUUUGUAUAGAUCAUAAAUCAUUACAAUAAAAUUUUGUACAAACAG